AUAUGAAUUUAGGAAAUAUUUUUUUGACUUGCAAAAAAAAAAAUAAAUCGAAUACAGAAUAUUAAAAGUAUAUCUGGCGGAUACAGGGAAAACAUUUUCCUAUUUCGGCAAAAUAAACAAAAGUACACACUCACUUCCCUGUCAAAUUAAUCAGAUCUGUAAAAGUCCCCUUAGAGGCAGAAAAAAAAGAUUGAUGGACAUAGGAACAGAGAGAAGUAUAAAGACGCGACAGAGGCAGAUAUAUCAAAAAUCAUCAAGCUGGCUGUUUUACUCGAGACUUCCAAUGACGAAAAGAUAAUACGUCCCCGUUGGUGGAGCGGCGGUGUGGCGGGGGCUAUAGCGCAGUGUUUUACAGCACCUUUUGACCUGAUUGAGUCGCGAAUGGUUAUUAUCAAGAAGGAUAGGGGCAUGGCUGACAGUCUGAAGCGGGCUAUUCGGACGAAUGGUUUUAUUUCCCUUUACGACGGCCUGAGUGCCCAGUUGACGAGGCAGCUAACAUACACAUCGCUUCGAUUUCAUCUGUACGAAAAGGGCAAGGAGCACAUGGACGAUCCUGUGGACUUGCUGGACAAGGUGUUUGUUGCUGGCCUGGCGGGAUGUGCCGCGGGUGUGGUGGGCAUACCCGUCGAGUUGGUAAACACCCGGAUGCAAGUAAACCGCGCCCUUCCCAAGGAUAUUCGGUGGAACUACCGCCAUGUCUUCGACGGGCUGUAUCGUGUGACCAGGGACGAGGGCUGGACGAAGCUCUACAGCGGAUGUCUUCUCUCGUUCAUUCGGUCCAGCUUCAUGACCAUCGGUCAAAAUGCUGCCUACGAUCAGGCCAAGGAGAUCUACAUGGUGUGGUUCAAUCAGAAGCACGAUAGCACAUUCGUACACCUGAUUAGUUCCGUGACGGCUGCCUGCAUCUGUGGCCCGAUCAUCAAGCCCAUAGAAAACUUAAGAGCUCUCAGGAUGGUGGACCCUAGCGGAUUGAUACAUGCUUUUGGAUAUAUGAUGCGCUUUGGAUUGCGGGGACCCUUUCGCGGCAUAGUGCCAUGUGUUGUUCGAAUGGUGCCCAAUACGGCUAUUACAUUUCUCAGUUUCGAGCAGCUCCGCGUUCACUUUGGUUACUAUGAAAUUAGUGAUAAAAAGAGAUAGCACAUAGGUUGUAGAAAUCAUAAAGUGUAAAAUUUUAUACGUAUAUUAUUUAUGUAUUGCAGAACCUAAAAUAUAGCAUAUUAUUAGAAAAUGA